AUGACGGAGCACAUGCGCGUGAGUGGACUGUACUGGGGCGUGGGGGCCAUGGCGCUGCUAAACCGUGAGGAAGAGAUGGAUCCAUCUGAGAUCGUGGAGUGGGUGAUGCAAUGCGAGCACCCCGAUGGAGGAUUUUCCGGCAACGUUGGCCAUGAUCGCCACCUUCUCUACACAGUCCACGCACUGCUGAUUCUGGCGAUGCUGGGCGCUUUGGAUCGCAUCGAGCGUGACGAAUGUGCCAAGUACGUGGCGUCGUUGCAACAACCCGACGGCUCCUUCGCCGCCGGCUUUGGCAACAUCCCAGGUUGCGAGUCGCACGGCGGUCACAUCUUCACGGCUGUGGGUGCUCUGUCUCUGGGCUUCGCUUUGGAGCAGUAUGUGGAUGACGAACUACUAGGCUGGUGGCUGUGUGAGCGCCAGUGUGACUCUGGAGGACUGAAUGGCCGACCCGAGAAGCAGGCCGACGUGUGCUACAGCUGGUGGAACAUCUCGUCUCUCAUUAUGAUCGGCAAACUCGACUGGAUCAGCAAGGAGAAGCUCAUCCAGUUCAUUCUGGCCUGUCAAGACCCCGAGGACGGAGGGAUCGCUGACCGCCCUGAAAUGUGGCUGAUGUGUUCCACACGUUUUUCGCAGAACCACCCCGAGUAUCAAGGCAUCCGACAGAUUCAUCCGACGUUUGCUAUCCCCACAGAUAUUGUAGAGAAACUGCAGUUGACAGCGGAUAUGGUCAUGCCAGUGCACAAGGACUAA